AUGGCUGCCGAAAACAAGCCGGAAGGACUGAAGAAGAUAAGAAAUCCAGAGCGAAUGGUCAGGAUCGCUGUUGGUUACACAGGACACACCCCUCCCAAGAGUGACGACACUGACGCCAACAAUGAGCCUGGCCAGUUGAAGAUCUACCUUCCUAAGAAGCUGCUAGAGUGUCUGCCCAAAUGUUCCUCUCUGCCCAAGGAGCGCCAUCGCUGGAACACCAACGAGGAGAUUGCUGCAUAUCUCAUCACUUUUGAGAAACACGAUGAGUGGCUGACGACAUCGCCAAAAACCAGGCCUCAAAAUGGCUCUAUGAUCCUCUACAACCGUAAGAAGGUGAAGUACAGGAAAGAUGGCUACUGCUGGAAGAAAAGGAAAGACGGGAAGACCACCCGAGAGGAUCAUAUGAAGCUUAAAGUCCAGGGAGUAGAGUGUCUGUAUGGCUGCUACGUCCACUCCUCCAUCAUCCCCACCUUCCAUCGUAGAUGCUAUUGGCUGCUGCAGAACCCUGACAUUGUGCUGGUGCACUACCUGAAUGUACCGGCAGUGGACGAUAGCGGGAAGCCAUGUGGUCCUGUCCUCUGCUCCAUCAACACAGACAGGAAGGAGUGGGCCAAGUGGAGCAAGGAGGAGCUCAUUGGACAACUCAAACCCAUGUGUGCUGGAAGCAGCCUGCAUCAGAAAUGUUCCAGUGUCAAGCAGCGCAUCAUCUCAUCCAAGCAGGAGUCAGGGGCAGCAGCAGGAGGUGGAGCUGCAGUGGGUACCGGCGUAGCAGCAGGCCAGAGAGCUGAGGAGGCAGAUGGCACAGAGGUCCAAAACAGCGAUGUGUCAGAGGGUCAGACCGAGCCCAGUCCUGGAGGAGGCAGGAGCAGAGCGGGCGGAGGAGAGAGGAGGAAUGGCAGGAUAACCAAACCCUCCCUUCUCCCGCAGAGCAGCAUGGAAGUGUCCUCAUCUACCUCCACCAACCAGGUGGAGGUCCCUGACACCACCCAGAGCUCCCCUUUGUCAAUCACCAGCGACAUGGCCGAUAGCCCCGCUCUCGCCAUUGGGGCCGGCUUGUCACAGAGCACAGCUGUCUUCAUGUCUGAGGUCACCACCCUGACUGGGGAUUCGGUUUAUUCUGCUGGCCACACCCAUCUGCUAGCAUCCACACACGAGAGCACCACCGCUGGCAUCCUGUUGGCUGUGGCCCCUGAAAACCAGAGGUUUACGUCGUUUCCGGGUGCCGUGGGCUUAGGGGAGGGAGGAGAGUUGGUUCUGUCCAGCUCUCUAGACUCUGGUGGAGGAGUCAGCCUCCCUGAGACCACCAUGACAUUUGACCCUGAUUGCUUCCUCAACAAUCCCAAGCAGGGCCAGACGUAUGGAGGAGGUGGAGGGAAGACCGAGGGGUGUAACGGUGAUGACGGAGGACUCACUAACGGCUUUGUGUACAACCCAGCCCUUGUCAACAACAUCAAGACGGAAACUACACCUCUGGAGCAGCCCCUGUCCACUCAGAGUAGCUAUGUGGGAGAAGGGACAGGCCUCAGCCCCAGCACCACCCUGGAGCAGAUGGACUUCAGUGCUGUGAUGUCAUCCGCCUGUGUCCAAAGUCUGACCCAGCCUGCACACCACCCCUCCCCCAGCCUCUUCCUCCAGACUUCCCCGCAGACAAGCCAGCCUUCCCAGCUGCAAACCAAUGGUACUGAGGCAACCCAGGAAUCAAGCGAGUCCCAGGCUUACAUAAGCCUGCCCACAGUGCCAACAGACUCUCCGGUCACCAAUGGAGACCCGCAUACACACCUCCACCAAACCAGCUCAGAUCAGCAGGGUCUGUGUGGAAGGAACGGACAAGGAACCGCAGUGGGCUCUUUUCCUCUUGCAUCACAGGAUGUGACCGUCGACCAGUCAGGCAGCAGGAGACAUCGAGAGGUUGGGGGCUUAGACAAGGCUUCUGAGAAUGGAGGGGAGUUACUACUCAAGCCUGGGGAUCCUCACGAGGCCUACACGAGUGUCGACACCGAGCACUACCUGCAACCCACAGAUGACAAUGGAGGAGGAGAGGAGGGCGGGGGUGGGGGUGGUGGAGGAGGGGGAGGAGGAGGGGGAAAUGAGAUUCUCUGUAAUGGUGUAAGUUUGUCAGGGGCCAGCAGUUCAGUUGUGGCUAGUCCUCAGUCAAUAGCUGCUGGUGCAAGCAUCGAGGGGACGCUCUACAGCUCUCCUCUUCCUCAGCAAGGUGGGGGGGUGUCAGCUACAGCAGGUGGGGCAGGAGCAGCCAUUAGUCUGGAAGGCUUUGAGGCUUCAUUUGGAAGCCAGUUUUCUGAUCUCAUCAAUGAUUUCAUCUCAGUUGAGGGGUCUGGGGGUGGGGUGGGGGCAGCUGUCACUGGGGUUCUGAUGCCCCAGGAGGGGGCAGCAGGAGAGGAGCAGUGCACAGGAGCAGGCCACCUGCAGGGCUCGGAGGUGGAGCAGGGAGCUCUGGGACUGCUCCAGGAGACUGGGAGGCUGUUUGGUGUGACAGACUACUCCCCAGAGUGGUCUUAUCCAGAGGGUGGAGUGAAAGUGCUGAUCACAGGACCGUGGUUGGAGUCGAGCAGUGAGUACAGCUGUCUAUUUGACCACAUCAGUGUCCCUGCUGCCCUCAUCCAACCCGGGGUGCUGCGCUGCUACUGCCCAGCACAUGACACAGGACUGGUGAUGCUGCAGGUAGCUAUGGGCGGAGAGGUCAUCUCUUCCUCUGUGGUGUUUGAAUACAAGGCGCGUGACCUUCCUGCCCUGCCAUCUUCUCAGCAUGACUGGCUGUCCCUUGAUGAUACCCAGUUCAGGAUGUCCAUCUUGGAGCGUCUGGAGCAGAUGGAACAGAGGAUGGCUGAGAUAACCAAUCAGAACCCCAGCUCAGAAACCAUGGCAACCAAGGGCGGUGGAGUGGAAGGAGGAGGAGCCACCGAUCAGCAGUCUCAAAUUUCUACCGAUCAGGGUUCAUUCGAGGGCCGGGUGGUGGUGGUGUGUGAGAAGAUGAUGUCUCAGCCAUGCUGGGCUUCAUCUAAUCAGCUUGUUCACAGUAAGAACUCCAGAGGAAUGACCUUACUGCAUCUGGCUGCAGCUCAGGGCUAUGCAGGGCUCAUUCAGACACUUAUUCGCUGGCGCACAAAGCAUGCCGACAGUAUUGACCUCGAACUAGAGGUAGAUCCACUCAACGUAGACCACUUCUCCUGCACUCCACUGAUGUGGGCAUGUGCUCUGGGCCAUACUGAGGCAGCAUUGGUGCUUUACCAGUGGGACCCAAGAGCUCUGGCUAUUCCUGAUUCGCUGGGACGCUUGCCGCUCAACAUCGCCCGAUCCCGGGGCCACACUAGAUUGGCUGAGCUCUUAGAGCAGCUGCAACAGACUCCUCAAGCUCAGGGCCAGCCUGCUGACACUUGGAUAGACAGGUGGAGAGGAGAGUCACAGACCAGUGGAAUAAGCAACAGCCCUACACCAAACUCUAACUCAGAGCUGAGAAGAGCCAGAGCAGAGACCCAGCCAGACAACCAGAACCCGAGCUGGAGCCAAACAGGACACAGAGUCCAACAGGGAACCCAGGGAGAACAGGGAGGCCCACCUCCAGCCAAGAGACUCAAACCCAACCCAGACACACAGCAACAGCUAGCUAACUCAACCCCUGGCACCAACACCCUCAACUCCUUUGUCAACUCGUCCCCCAGUCCUAACCCUCAGCGCUCUCUCCUCCCCAACACCCUACAAACUCAACCCUCCAACCUCAGCUGUCAGAACGCACCUCUUGCCAGCUCCAGCCCUAACCGGCCUCAGCUCCCCAGCGCUCCAUUCUCCCACCUGCAGGCCAGGAUAGGGGGGUCUGGAGGGGGCACCAGGUGGAGUUUGAGACAGACUCUGGGGCAGCGUAGCCUAGCCAGGCGGAUUCUAGGAAAAGAACGACUGGCCAUUCACCUGCGCCAAAGAGUGCUGUCUGACAGGGGAGAGGAGACAGAGCUGCUGACCUAUCAGGAUAACACAGAGGACUUGCAGAUGGACAUAACAAUGUUAGCUGAUCACAUCAUGGAGGCUUCAACUGGUAGGCUUAAGCAGGAGGCUGUGGAGACUGAAACAGAGUCCAGGAACGUAGGGAUCAGCAGUGAUGUCAGAUUACUGUCUGGUUACCUCAGUGAGGUGGAGAGGUUUCUGAACUUCAAGCCCCAGACUCCUAGCCCCAAACCAAACUCUCUCUCAGGGCCUGAGGAUCAGCAUAGUCCUCAGGCUAAGCAAGCCCCAUCCUCCCCCUUUGACUGGACCUCCUUCCUCUGUGCAGCUAUGAAAGAGGAGAGGCUGAAACUGGACCCGUCCUGUCUAGCCAUGACUGAGGCAGAACAGGGAGAGCUGUAUGAGACCAUCAGGCAUGCUCUGCACUCCCUCAGAAAACACAAGGGUCCCAUUCAGGAACAACGCAAAGAGAUUGCAGCAGUGAUUCAGCGCUGCUAUAAGAGAUACAAGCAGUAUGCACUUUAUAAGAGGAUGACCCUGGCAGCCAUCCUGAUCCAGAGUCGUUUCCGGAGUUUCCAUGAGCAGAGGAAGUUCCAACAAAGUCGUAGAGCAGCGGUCCUCAUCCAGCAAUACUACCGCUCCUAUAGACACUCCCUCAGCAGCCUCCUAACAAAAAAACAAAACCAGGCUGCUCGCAAGAUCCUGAGGUUCCUGCUCCGAUGCCGCCACAGGGCCAGAGAGCAGAGAAAGGCCAGGGGUCCUGAGAGCCCACCGCCAGGCCCCACACACAGCCCCCUCAGCCUGUGAGCAAUCUAUAAACCCUCCCCUCCCAUCUUCUCCUUAUUCUUUUCUUUCAUCCUCCCAAAAGCUACUUCCCUUUUCCAUUCCCCAAACCCUUAUCUUGCCUUUUUCUUUCCUCUCCUCCCUCGUUAUCUCUCACCCUUUCUCCCCUCUUCUCUUAAGAGGGAAAAAAAACUCUUCCCAGACAGACUGAGGACAGGAUAGGUGUCCAUCAUGGCAGCUCAGACAGACAGACUGCUGGGUAGAGCCCAGGGACCUGGCUCUGCCCACAGCACUGAUCCUCCUCCACAGUUUCACUGGGAGGCCAUCACAUUAACCUCAUGGCAUUCUUUGCACUCUUCAUGGGUAUGUUUCUUUGCAAAAGCAAGUCGACGAGUCAGACGGGAGGACGCGAAGGAAGCGCCUGAUGCCAACAUCCUGCCGUUCACGGCAGCGACUGGAUGCACUGAAAGGCUCCGGUGAUGAACAGCUGGCUCUAGAUAAAGGCUACUUUUACAAGCGGAAAAACAUACAAAACCUUUUGCGUUUUGUAUCCAAACAGUGAUCCAUGAAAGAAUAAGAAAACAUAAACCAAAAAACUCACUUCUAUGUUGCAUUUGCAUGCAAGGUUUCUUCGCUUAUUCCUCCUCUCCAUCAUCCCGAAGAGCUAUAGUGGCAAAUCAUUCAGCUGAAUCAGUAUAUCACAAUCCCACCAACCACUCUGACUCACAGGCUUACAAACCUAUUAAUCAGUCACCCAAUCAAAAGGGGAGGAACUGCACUUGAAUGUAAGAGGGGCAUUGUUAGAUAAUGGUGGGGGUCUGAAUAACGAUGUCUUAAUUUGUUACAUGGACUUUGUAUGGAGUCGUUCUCAGAGGCAGCACUUUGCUCGCCUGACGUGGUGUGUCCGUGUUUGUUCAAUUCAAUGCAUGUGUUUGAGCCACGAGCUCCUGCAUGCUUGCCAAACUGCUUUAGUGUUGUUUCUUUUGUAUUUCUAUGUGUAGUUGUGUCUCACUUGCGUCCUCAUCAACUUAUCCUUGCCCUGUGUAAUGUGAACUGUGUAAGGACAAAUGACUUAUUUUGGGUGCUUUUUUUUAAAACUUUAUUUAUUCAGGGGUCUAAUUAUUUAUUUAAUUGGCUCAAGAGUGGUUUAGCUUGAGACUGGUUUUCCCCCCUUGUGUGGUAAAAUAUGACAUGUUCCAAUGGUUAAAUGUCUCUGUUAGUUUGUUCUUUGCGUGAACCUCUAAAUCCUAACUGUGGUUUUGAGGAGAGAGUCACAUACCAUUGCCUUGACUUCUUCUUGACUCUGAGAGGUCUCUAUGCGUGCUCUGUACAGGACAUGGGUCCUAUACCUGCCCCUAUAACAGGGCAUUGGUCCCCAUAUUAGCCCGUAUGGGCGAUCAAAUCCAUAUUUUGGACUAUUGCAUAUUCCUGUAUAUAAACUGACGAGGUAAGGGGAUACGAGGACCCUGAAACUUUUUCAUAAGAGGACUGUAUUUAAGAUUAUAAAUUAUUUUACUCCCAUAAUGAGAACUUAAGACAGAGACCUGGGUACACAGGAUGGCUGUAUUGCUUGUAAAUAAUGUAGAUAUUACAAACGGAGUAUUGUGCAUGAGAUUUAAGACAAAGAAACAGCAAAAAGAACACGUUAGUGGCUAUGGACUAUGAGAGGAUUUUAACUGCUUCACUUUAAGAGUAUCCAGUAUAAGUGUUACUGAAAAGAACAUUUUGUUAAAGCAUGCAACUGAAAAAUCUAAUGUUAGAAUUAUAAGUGGGAAAACAAAGUUAGCUGAAACAAUGAUCUUUCAGACAAAACAUUUACACUUUGUGCUUUUGUUUCUUGGCUAGCAAAAAUUAAACCCUUUUGCCAGUAGUGCCAAUUAUUAUGAAUGCUAUUUUGCCUAACAAUAUGUUACGUUGGGGAAACCAACGCCCAAAAGAUAUCAGUAAGAUCCACCGCGGCAACACACACAGACAAUAAACAGUAGAAGAGAUCUAGCUCUAGCUCAACCCGUAGACCUCCGACAAGUUCUGCAGUUUGUCUACGGCUGACUUACGUGUAGAUGGUGAUGGUGAUGAUGCAAGUAUGAAAAUUAUACUAAUGGAGAUGAAGACGAUGGUUGUUUUAAUAUGAAUGCAAUGAAUGAUGAUCCAAAAAAAAAGGGAAGAGGGCGCUACAUUCUUUACAAUGUGGUUGUGCUUCAGCAACGUACUAGCUUUUAUUAAGAGCAUUAAUCACACCUACAGCGGAUCCAGCCUGGCCUCCAGUCAAAACUUUUUUACAUAUCAUUUGAUUUUUCUUUUCUCUUCAUUGUCACUGCCAUUAUUGUACGACGUGUACUUUAGACUUCUGGAAAGCUCUGUUUAGAAAGUGCCUGCUCAAUAACAGAAAAGUGCAAGCUAAUAUCAGGAAAUAUCUAUUGUAUGUCCUCCAAAAGGUUGCCAGUUACCUGUUUAUUUUCCUAAAUUGUGUGUUGAAAAUGAACUUGACAGUGUUAAACUUGAUCCGAGUCUAAGUUUGAAGCUCUAAUUUGUCAGUGGAAUGAAUGAAUGCUCAUGGCCUGAUUGAUGCCUGUGUGUUGCUUUACAAGACAAACCACUAAUUACAGUAUCACUUUAUGCCCCACUUGUGUGUCAGUUGUGCAGUAUUAGAACAAGAAAACCGUAGAACUCAGCCUCUGUGUAUGGAAGACACUGUCACGAGUCUAUUCAGCGUCCCAGUGGCAUGUGGCGCUGCUGGGAUGAAGAUGUGUUUUCUUGCAUGGACUCACAAUGUCUGUCUUUCCUCAAAAUAUGUUCUUGCGGCAUGUAAACGAAAGCGUAACCCAGCAGUUUUCCAGAGGACAAAAUAGCUGUCAUACACACUUUCUUUCUUUGUCUUUCUUUUCCACUCACCCUCUCCACACACACACACACACACACACACACACACACACCAAACACACACACACGUAAGCGCACACAUACAUAAUCAUACACAAAUGUACACAUUCAGACACACACACACACACACACACACAAAAUAAAACCACACACUUUCUCUCUGUGCUUAUGUCUUUGGGAACAAUUAAAUCUCUCCCUAAGAUUUUACUCAGGGUUGAAGAACAGGGAGAUGGUAUGUGGAGUGUAACGAACGCUGACACAGAGUUGUAACACUACUGGUGACUGUGUACAUUUGUGUGUGCAUACGUAUGUGUACAUAUUUGUGUAUGCUAGGGAUACUCCAGUUGUUCAUUCACUAAUCAGUAUCUAUGAAUCAUCAAAUCACGUUUUUGAUGACGUCUCAUUUUGUGAAGAAGAAAAUGUGAACCGUAUGCUUCACCCAAGCUGUGUUUGGGUCACUUUUUCUACAAGGAAAAAAAAUCUCCAAAUCCCGGAUUUUAUAGGAUUUUGUUUGAAUAUAAACUAAAUUCUAAGCAAGUAAGAAGUGAUAUCUCUAUUUGUACACUUGCUCUUGUCUUAAACGCACAAGAUUCUUAAUACAAACAAUUGUUAAAUAAUGCAAAAAUAGGUUAACGGCCACGUGUCACCUCAAUUUUCUUAAUUUAAAAAAAAUGUUGCAAGAGAUAAUAUAGUGAAAGAUUGACAAUUGGAAGAUCUCUAUUAUGUGUGUUUCACAUGUUUUCUGAAUUUUCAUCAUACUGACAGACAGCCAUGGUCAGGACAGUGCUGUCAGGAGCAUUCAUGCUACGGUAUCACUUGAACCUCCUCUUAAACUGCCCCCUCCUCUCACAUCAGCACAACUAAAGUCACAAAGAACUCUGCUUUGGACUCCUUUAUAUCUAUUGUAUACACACACACAGACAGACACAACUCCAGCGUUCACAUGCUUGGGCUUGUCAACACACACAGUAAACACACACACACAAAACUAGACACACAGAUUGCAGAAAAUACAUCAAAAUGUUUUGGGAGAGGAUGGUGACUGUAAAAAGAGUAUGUAGAGUAGAAAAAGUAAAAAAUAAAAUAAAGAAUUAUUGCCAUAGUAGACAGCUGGUAGACAUACGCAGAGAUGGCCUCUGUUCUCAUAAGUCCGCCUAGAAAUUAGUGGUAUUACCUUUCAGGCCUUGUUUUGAGAGGGGGCGUGGCCAAACACCACAUUGCAUGCUAGAAUGGUAGACCCUUAUAGAUAAUCUAUGGCUAGACCUCUUCUUGCCUUCCUCUUCUUUCACGCCGUCUUCCCUCUCUCUCUCUCUCUCUCUCUCUCUCUCUCAUUUCCUGCUGUAUUCCCACCUUGCCUGCUGUUGUGUUCUCCAUGCCUAUCUCAGUCUUUCAUUCCUCUUUUUUUUGUAGCCUAGUUUUUACUUUGUUUUACAAACGUGCAUGCACAGACAUCACUAAAUUGUUGAUGUUUUUAAAAGAAUAUUUUGUUGCUGAGGCCAUGCAAAGUGUUUUGAAUAUUGCCCUUAUAUGUGGAAAAUGUCUUCUGAAUGCUUUACAUAAUUUCUGCUGUAAAAUGAAAUCAGAAUAAAAAGAAAAUUUGCACUUU